AUGAGUGAUGAAGUUACGUCGUCCGCGUUGCUAGAGCAACUUGUGUACAUUGACAACUACAUUAAUGGUACACAACCAAACACAGAUAGCUCAACAGCUACUCCUAAUAUUGAUGUCGAUGGACAAUUAAGUCUAGAUUUGGCAGCAUUUGCUGACGAUUCAUUUAUAUUCCCAGACGAGGACAAGCCUAAGCAUUUGUAUGAUCACGACGAAGAAGAGGAUGAUGAAGACGAGAGAGGGGAAAGAGGCGAUCACAAAUUCCACAAAGAUGGCAAUCUCGCGGGUUCGGGAGCCAAUGAUGGAUUAAAUGGAUGGAAUAUUCACGAGUUUAACAGCUCAAGCUUGCUACCUACUUUGAAACAGGAGCCUGAUGUGGGUAGCUCCAACCAGCAAUUCUUCAGGAGCCAUCAAUUUAAUGAUGGCCAUGAAGAUGACAGUAGUAGGUUAGACCAGUUCAAUCUUUUGCUGAGUCAUGUCGAUAGCAAUGAAGUAGGACUUGGCGGUGGCGGUGUAUUGUUGGAUGAUUUUCAAAACAAAAGCAACCAUGGACACAUUGGCAACAAAAGUGAUUUGGAUAACCUGCAUCAUCAUGUCCAACCCCACAAGUUGUUGAGCAUAAAUGAGUUGCCCAAGUUUCCAGUGCCUCCAGGUGCCAAGAACUCAUUAGUCAGUGCUGGUUUAUCGCUGAAUCAGAUUGAUUUAUUGAGUGCGUUGAUUGCUCAACAUCAGACUAAUUUGGGCAAAACUUUAUCGCAACAGCAAAAGCAGCGUCAACAGCAAGGUUCAGCAGCUAAUGGCGAACACAACACCAAUGGUGACGAUUUGGGAAUACAAACCAUAAAUAAUUUCAUCAACAAGCAACUGCAACAACAACAACAACAACAACAAUCAACAUCAUCAAAUUUGCCCUCUAAUAUUGCACCAAUUACUCCAAAUGCUGUAGCUCUAUCACCAACCGAUGUCUCCACUCGACAAUCAAAUCCACCGUUCCAUCUCCCCUCACAACAACAACCAACUUCAUCACUUUCUCAGCUAAAUUCAAGCUUGCAACUACAAACAAGAUCACGCAAUCCCAGUAUAACAUCCUUCAUUGACCCCAACCUACAACGCGCAGUAGGAUCAGGACCAACAGGACCACCAUCAACUACUGCAAGUUCCAAUUUGAGUCUGCCUGAUGCUGCCGAACUCGACAAGAAGCGUCGCAAUACUGCCGCUAGUGCUAGGUUCCGCAUUAAGAAGAAGAUGAAGGAACAGCAAAUGGAGAACAAGAUUAAUUCAUUGAAUGAAAUGAUUUCGUCGUUGGAGAAUAAAUUGAGUCAUUUGGAGAUGGAGAAUAAGUUGUUGCGCAAUUUGAUUAUUGAAAAGGGAAGUCAGAAAAGUGAUGAUGAGUUGAGGUUGUUGAAGGAGAGAGCCAGAAGAGGAAAUCUGUAG